AUAAUUGUCUUUUAUGGUUUACCAGUACUUUGUCUUUAAAACCAAUAAACAACAUUUGUAUUAGUUUAACUAUAUAAAUAUUCUUCACUUUUAAGCCAGGUUGUAUACUAAGAUUACCAUUCCUUUCUUAUGGGAAUCUCCCCCCCUUUUUCUGGAAAACUCUCUCUUGAUGCUCCCAUUUCCCCUGCUCCAAUCUGAACUGACACCUAUCCAGGCUUUCUGCAUACCUAUUUUUGAUGUUCUUUCUUGGUUGACUUACAGAGCUGCUAAGAUGAUCAGAAAUUAAGGGAACAAAAUGCUGGAGACCAGGGGAAGAAUGAGAAGGGGUGUGCCAACAUUCUUUAGUCACUUUUUCCCAAGAUAUUUGCCAAGUCUGCACACAAGAGGCUAAGUUUCCAGUGUAGGAAUCAAGCAGAAGAGGUAGAGAAAUCAGCUUUUGACAGUUUUGUGGCACUGAAGUGACAUAAAUUAGAGACAAGAGGUAAAGAUCCUAGAGAGGAAAAAUGGUAAAAAACACAACACUCUUCUGUUUUUCCCUCAAUACAUGCGCUGAAUUCUUAACCUACAGCGGGCAAGAGGCUAAGACGACAAGCAUAGAAGCAGAACAGAGUUUUAGGUAGUCUUGAGGUAUGGAGUAAAGAUUAGAAUGCAGUGUCCACCUGAGGAUAGGGGCCCUAAUCAUCACUCCAACGCUGUUUGGAAAAUGUGAAGGACUAUAGCAAAAGGCAGUACUGAACCAGAGAUAGCCAUAGCUCUGACCCUGACUGGAUUCAGAUCACUGCCACUCUAUCCACCUUACCGAAAAAGACGGGGUUGGGGGGAGUUUAACCUUCUCUUACGGAAGAGAAGGUUACCCAGAACCUCCAAGAGUUUUUUAUCUCCAUGCAGUCCAAAAUUACCAAGCAUGCCAAGGGGGAGGACCCUAUAACUGAAAAUCAAGAUCCACAGAUGACACAGAUAUUGAAAUUAUGAGAAAAGGACUUUGAAAUGUCUAUGAUUAAUAUGAUAAAAAAAAUAAAAGGAAAAAGAACAAAAUAGACAGAAAGAUGGAAAAUUCACCAGAGCCUUGAAAUCUAUGCUAUUUAAAAAUUGAGAAAAUUCAGAAGUGAAAAUGUUAUUUUUAAAAUUAAGAGCUCCAUAGAUAGUUUAUCAGCAAGAGGAGAUUAGUGAAGAUAAAUUAACAGAAAAUAUCCAGAUUAAAGCAUAAAGAGGAAAGUAGCACGUGGUUUCUAAAGCUGGUCGCAGGAAUAGGGCGUUCUCUUUGUCGCACAAGUGGCACGGCUCGUUUAAGCCAGUAGUGGAGGCGCUGAGGGAAGCUGCAGUGGGAGUGUUCAAGGAUUCACUCUGGGUCCCCUAAGGUGUUUCAGGCAAAGGUAACAGGCUAAAUGAUGUGGCACAGGGCCCUCCCCAUGCAGGAUGUGCUUUGGUCAGUACAUUUAAAGUUGAAGUUUGCUGCUAAAGAUGGCAGAUCCAGAUGUCCUCACCGAGGUUCCUGCAGCAUUGAAGCAGUUAGCCAAGUAUGUGAUCCGGGGGUUUUAUGGCAUUGAGCAUCCUUUGGCCUUGGACAUCUUGAUCCGAAACCUCUGUGUGAAAGAGGAGGACAUGCUGGAGCUGCUCAAGUUUGAUCAGAAGCAACUUCGAUCACUCUUGAAUAAUUUAAAGGGAGACAAAUUCAUCAAGUGCAGAAUGAGGGUGGAGACUGCUGCAGAUGGGAAAACCACUCACCACAACUACUACUUUAUCAAUUAUUGUACUCUUGUUUAUGUGGUAAAAUAUAAAUUGGACCACAUGAGAAGGAGGAUUGAAACUGAUGAGAGAGAUUCCACCAACCGGGCCUCCUUCAAAUGUCCCAUCUGCAGUGGUACUUUUACAGAUUUAGAAGAUAAUCAGCUCUUUGAUCCCAUGACAGGAACUUUCCGCUAUAUUUUCUGCCACACAGAGGUCAAAGAAGAUGAAUCAGCAAUGCCCAAAAAAGAUGCACACACACUUUUGGCAAGGUUUAAUGAACAAACUGAGCCCAUUUAUGCUUUGCUUUGAGAGACAGAGGAUGUGAACUUGGCCUAUGAAAUACUUGAGCCAGAACCCACAGAAAUACCAGCCCUGAAACAGAGCAAGGACCGUGCAGCAACUGCGGCUGCAGCUGCUGCCCUGGCAGGUGGGCACCACCAGGAAGCAUGGGCCAAAGGUCCGUCUUAUGAGUACUUAUACACUCAGAAUGUUGUCAUUAACAUGGAUGACCAAGACGAUCUUCAUCGAGCCUCACUGGAGGGAAAAUCUGCCAAAGAGAGAACUAUUUGGUUAAGAGAGAGCACUAUCGAAGGAGCACAUAGUUCUGAAGAGAUGAAGGAAGGUGGCUUAGAUAUAGACUCAUUUCAGGAGCGUGAGGAAGGCCGUGCGGGGCCAGAUGAUAAUGAGGAGGUCAUGCGAGCACUGCUCAUUCAUGAGAAGAAGACCCCCUCUGCCACAGCAGGCUCAGUGGGGGCAGCUGCUCCUGUGACCACUGCCAAUGGCAGUGACUCUGAGAGUGAGACCAGUGAGUGAGACAAUGACUCUCCACCCUGUGCGGCAGCUGUGGCUGCACAUCAUGGGGAAGAGGAUGAGGAGGAGGAUGAAUUUGAGGAAGGAGCAGAUGACCCCAUUGUCAUGGUGGCUGGCCGUCCGUUCUCCUACAGCGAAGUGAGCCAGAAGCCAGAGCUGGUGGCCCAAAUGACACCAGAUGAAAAGGAAGCGUACAUAGCAAUGAGACAACGCAUGUUUGAGGACCUCUUUGACUGAGCUUUCCCUACCUUUUCCUCCCUUCUCUAAUGCUCAUUUCAAAAAGAAAUUCCCUACCUUUGAAGAAAGUGUUUAGUGGCUUUCUGCCCCUCUUGAUGUAAAUCAACUGUUAAUCUUGUGCAAAGAGUAAUGGGAGAGAAAGUUUGAUUUUUAUGCCAGAAACUUCCCCACAAUGUAGGUAGCAUUCCCUUUCCUAUUACUACAGUAUUAAUAUUUUGCUGUAUUUCCUUAUCUAAUUUUUUUCCUUUCCCUUUUAAGACACAUUUUCUCCCUUCUGAAAUGAGUGCGAGAAGUCUAAAGGUAAAUUCUUCAUGUCUGCCUGUAGAAGCUCACUUUGAUAGGUUACAGUAAUUCACUGACCACAUCCUUCUUAUAUAUUCUGACCAAGCAUUCCAAACAGCUCCUGAUAUUGCUGCCAACCAAGCAGCUUGGCAACAGGCAAAUCAUUGAUGAAGGAAAAAAAAAAAGUCUUAAGACUUCAUAUUGCUUCACAGUUUAGGAUGGAGUCAAUAUGUAAGGGGAGGUGGGAGUGUCUGUGGAAGAAGGAUGGUUAUGUGUAAAUCUCAAGAUUAAUACUUAAACCAAAAUUGGUGUCUUUAGAACUGACUUGACUGACAGAUAUUGUUUUGCUUAAUGCCUUUUGGUUUGUAUGUUGGAUAAUAGAAAACAGAAAGUGUGUUUGGUAAGCCCUUAGGAAGAAAUUAGAGAAAAAACGGACUUAGGACGAGGAGUCCAUGUAAACGGUUGAAGA